CGCGCGGUGUAGCAGGUUUCACUUCAUCAUCCUCCGUCAGCUCGCAGGAGACGUUCAGUCCGCAGCGACCCGCAGGCCGAACCCCCCCCCAGCGGCGCAGACAUGGCCCUGACCCGGCUGGAGAAGGUCCAGGUGUGGCUCCUGAAGGCGGCGACGGGGGUCCUGUUCGCGCUGUUCCGGCUCCUGUCCCCUGGCGGCGGGGCCCCGGCGGGGAGGAGGAAGCUGCCGCCCGUCAGCAGCCCUCUGCUGCUCAUGUCGGCGACGCGGCUCGCCAACAAGAUCCGGAGGAAAGAGGUGUCGAGUGUGGAGGUGGUGCGAGCUUACAUCCACCGGAUCCAGGAGGUCAACCCCUUUCUGAACGCUGUGACAAAAGACAGGUUCGAUGCGGCCCUGCAGGAGGCGAAGCAGGUCGACGUGCUGAUUGAGGAGGAAACAGGAGGAGAGGCGGUGCUCGAGGAUCGACUGCCUUUACUGGGAGUCCCGCUCUCUGUCAAAGAGUCCUUCGCCCUCCAGGGUAUGCCCUUCACCUGCGGUGUGGUUUCCAGGAAAGGAGUGGUGGCCACUGUCGACGCUCCUCCGGUGGCCCUGCUGAAGCGAGCGGGCGCCAUCCCGAUGGGCGUCACCAACACCAGCGAGCUGUGCAUGUGGUGCGAGUCCAACAACCACCUCCACGGCAUCACCAACAACCCGUACGACUUCGACAGGAUCCCAGGAGGAAGUUCAGGGGGGGAGGGCAGCAUUCUGGGAGGAGCAGGCGCAGUCAUCGGCGUGGGCUCCGACAUCGGCGGCAGCAUCCGCAUGCCGUGUUUCUUCAACGGAAUAUUUGGCCAUAAAACCACACCUGGCGUCGUGUCCAUCGAGAACCAGUUCCCCGUUUGCAGCGGCAGACAAGCAGAGUUCUGCAGCAGUGGUCCCAUGUGCCGCUACGCCGAGGACCUGCUGCCGAUGCUCAGGAUCAUGGCGGGACCCAACGCCGGCAUGUUGUCCUUAAACACAAAGGUCGACCUGAAGAAGCUGCGGUUCUUCACCAUCCCUCACGAUGGCGGCUCUCCAAUGACGUCCCCGGUCAGCAAGGAGCUGAUGGCCGUUCAGAGGAAGGUGGCGCAGCGGCUGGAGGCCGACCUCGGCGUGACCGUGCAGGAAGUGCACUUCCCUGAGUUCCGCUACGGAUUCCAGAUCUGGGACACGUACAUGGGUCUUCCCGACAAGGAGGGCAAGCUUCCGACGCCAUUUGUUGAGCUGAUGGGGGAACCAGGGAAAUCUACGUGGCCUUUUUGGGAGCUUCUGAAAAGGAUGGUGGGGAAAUCGGAUCAUACCGUGGCUGCCAUCGGUUUGGCCCUGCUGGAGAAGGCUCACGUUACCGAACCCUCCGCGUUCAUCAUCCAGCAGAAGGAGCGGCUGCAGAAGAACAUGGACGAGCUGCUGGGCACCGACGGUGUUUUCCUUUACCCCUCGCACCCGAGGGUGGCUCCCAAACACCACCACCCGCUCUUCAGGCCGGCCGACUGCGCCUACACAGGUAUCAUCAACAUGCUGGGGCUGCCGGUCACCCAGUGCCCUCUGGGUCUGGGCGAGGAAGGUCUGCCCCUGGGGGUGCAGGUCGGUGCAGGCAAGCUGCAGGACCACCUGACCCUGGAGGUGGCUCUGUACCUCGAGAAGACGUUCGGGGGCUGGAGGGACCCCGGGGCCAACUGAGACACGAUGACAGCGAUAAUCCGUCUGUCUUCCUGCUCGCUGUAGUACAAAGAGGCACAAUCACGACGGCUGAAUGUUUAAAUGGAAGAGACGUCUGCACUAAUUACCUGAUUGUAUAAUUUGCUGUUCAGAGACAAUUAUGAGCGCACGCUUUAAAAAAAAAAAAUUACCACACUAACCAAGUUUCUUUGAGUGAAUAUUGAUACUUUUAACAUUUUAAUAUGGUGCUUGUGAUGCUGAUAAGUACCUAAGUAAGCGUGCGUUACCAGUUCCAGCUCUUCAAAGCCCUCCACACCCACAGAAGCAUUGCUGCUGUUCAGACCCCCCCCUCAGCAUAGCCAAGCUGCUGAUGACAAUAAUCUGAAGUGUACGGACCGUAGGAAACGUUUGGGGAUUCUGCUGUGAGCUGCAUUGUUGAUGCCAGGCCAACUAACGCCAAGCUAAAGGUGAAGGUGGGGAGGGAAGGCGGACAAAUAGCAGAAACACCUCACUGGAUUCUGUCUUUAUUUUCUUGCCUUCUUUGGAAAAAGGACCAAAGAAAAUGUUGAACAUCCACCUGACGGCUCCAAACAGAACUCGUCAUCAGUAAGAACUUAUUUUCUCCGUUCUUGUUAUUCUUCCCCCGGCCGCCUCCAUGUCGACGGGUCAUUGUUCUUUUAUUUUUGUCACCCUUCUGGUCAGAAGGGUGGAAGAUAUACCGCAAAAGUGACAUUCAUACAGAAAAAUAUCCACAGUCUGGUGUGUUCUUCUGAGACGCGCUCGCCGUGGGAACGACGACUCGGACCACAAAUCGUACAAAACACUGACCAGAGAAUUAUUCAGGAAUCGGAGGGUACUUUAAAACUGAAACAAUAAAAAGGUUCUGGGUAACAACCAAAUAAAGUACAGAAAUAUU